GGAGGAGGAGGAGUUUGUUAAUGUUCAGUUUGUUCAGCGGGAUCGAUGUUUGCUGGAAUCGCCUCGCCCUGUCUUGUGUGUGUGUGAGUGUGUGAGUGUGUGAGCGUGCGUGCGUGUGUGUGUGUGUGUGCGCGCAUAUGUGGGGGGUGUGAGUGUGUGAGAGGAAGCGCGAGUGCGUGCGCGUGUGUGUGCGUGUGUGUGUCUGUGUGUGUGUCUGCGUGCGUGUGAGUGUGUGUGAGUGAGUGAGUGAAUUCCAGAUUUUCUGUCUUUCCCAAACCCGCUCCUGUCCUCUCGCAUAUCAUUCACCGACGGGAAUCUGACAGCGGCCGCAAAUCUACAGUGAGUGAUCUCUCUCCCCCAGCGCGAAUCCGCCAUAGAGACCAGCGAGGAGGAGGAGGAGGAGGAGGAGGAGGAGGAGGAGGAGGAGGAGGAGGAGAGGAGGAGGAGGAGGAGGAAGAAAAAGAAGAAGAAACCACUACCUUCCCAGGAUUGCCUUUUCCCCUUAUCUUUACGCGCGCGUGUGCGUGUGGCGCGUGUGCGCCCCUCGUCCCUUCCAUCCGAACCCGGUCUUGGAUGUUUAAUAAAGAAAUCAAGUGUCUCAACAGUCACCAAAAAAAAAAAAAGAAAAAGAAAAAAAAAAACCAAAAACCAAAAAUUUCCAAAAAAGCAAAAACAAAAAGAGAGAGAGAGAGAGAGAGAGAGGAAAACAAAAUCCAAAACAAACAAACAAACAAACACGGCAGAACCAACCUCUGCUUCAAACCAGCCGGCACAAGCCACCCGUGUCUGCCGCCCGGAGAGGGGGGUCUCUGGCCCGUGGUGGAGGAGUUGCAGGGGGGAUCGCCAGGGGGACAGAGGCCGAGUGACGCCCUAGGAGCCACCGGGCAGGAGGCGGAGGACACCCAGAGAGGCGAGCGAGCAGCGGGCCCCCGCGCGCGGCUCGGGGCUGGGGCGCCAGAAGUGGGACUGGAGCGAAAUAGAGCGAUGCCAAGGAGGAAACAGCAGGCACCCAAGCGGGCGGCAGGCUACGCCCAGGAGGAGCAGCUGAAGGAAGGAGAGGAAAUAAAAGAGGAGGAGGAAGAGGAGGACAGUGGUUCGGUAGCUCCGCUUCAGGGCAGCAAUGACCCGGGGACAGACGAGGAGCUAGAAACGGGCCCCGAGCAGAAAGGCUGCUUCAGCUACCAGAACUCUCCGGGAAGCCACCUGUCCAAUCAGGACGUGGAGAACGAGUCUCUGCUGAGCGAUGCCAGCGAUCAGGUGUCGGACGUCAAGAGCGUCUGCGGUCGAGACGCCGCGGACAAGAAAGCCAGCGCGCACCCCAAGCCUCCCAACGAAAGCCACAACUGCAUGGAUAAAAUGACCGCCGUCUACGCCAACAUCCUGUCCGACUCCUACUGGUCGGGCCUGGGCCUCGGCUUCAAGCUGUCCGGCGGCGAGAGGCGGCCCUGCGACCCGCGCAACGGCAGCAGCAAGACCGACUUCGACUGGCAUCAGGACGCGCUGUCCAAAAGCCUGCAGCAGAACUUGCCUUCCCGAUCCGUGGGGAAGCCCAGCCUGUUCAGCUCGGUGCAGCUGUACCGGCAGAGCGGCAAGAUGUGCGGGUCGGCGUUCACCGGGGCCAGCCGCUUCCGGUGCCGGCAGUGCAGCGCCGCCUACGACACCCUGGUGGAGCUGACCGUGCACAUGAAUGAGACGGGCCACUACCAAGACGACAACCGCAAAAAGGACAAGCUGAGACCCACGGGCUACUCCAAGGCCCGGAAACGGGCUUUCCAGGAUAUGGACAAGGAGGAUGCUCAGAAGGUUCUGAAAUGCAUGUUCUGUGGCGACUCCUUCGACUCCCUCCAAGAUUUGAGCGUCCACAUGAUCAAAACAAAACAUUACCAAAAAGUGCCUUUGAAGGAGCCAGUGCCCACCAUUUCGUCGAAAACGGUCACCCCGGCCAAGAAGCGCGUCUUCGACGUCAACCGACCUUGCUCCCCCGACUCGACCACGGGCUCGUUUGCGGAGUCGUUCUCCUCUCAGAAGACGGCCGGCCUGCAGCUGUCGUCCAACAACCGGUACGGCUACCAGAACGGCGCCAGCUACACCUGGCAGUUUGAGGCCUGCAAGUCCCAGAUCCUCAAGUGCAUGGAGUGUGGCAGCUCCCACGACACCCUGCAGCAGCUCACCACCCACAUGAUGGUCACGGGGCACUUUCUCAAGGUCACCAGCUCUGCCUCCAAGAAAGGGAAGCAGCUGGUGUUGGACCCGCUGGCCGUGGAGAAAAUGCAGGCUUUGUCGGAUGCCCCAAACAGCGAUUCGCUGGCUCCCAGGCCGUCAGGUGACUCCGCCUCUGACCGUGCGGCCUCUACAACCGAGCCGAAGAGAGAGAGCAAAAAGGAAAAACCGGAGGAGAUCAGCAAGGACGAGAAAGUCCUGAAGAGCGAGGAGUACGAAGACGCUCUCCAGAAGCCGUUAGACCCUACAAUGAAGUAUCAGUAUCUAAGGGAGGAGGAUUUGGAAGACGGCUCCAAGGGCGGAGGGGACAUUUUGAAGUCGUUGGAAAACACCGUCACCACGGCCAUCAACAAAGCCCAGAACGGGGCUCCCAGCUGGAGCGCGUACCCCAGCAUCCACGCGGCCUAUCAGCUGUCGGAGGGUGCCAAGCCUGCCCUGCCCUUGGGAUCCCAGGUCCUGCAGAUUCGCCCUAACCUCACCAACAAGCUGAGGCCAAUUGCCCCAAAGUGGAAAGUAAUGCCACUGGUCUCUGUGCCCACCAACCUGGCCCCAUACACUCAAGUGAAGAAGGAGCCAGACGACAAAGACGAGGUCGCGAAGGAGUGUGGGAAAGAAAGUCCCCAGGAAGAGGCCUCACCUUUCAGCCACUGCGACGGGGAUGCUUUCUCCAAGAGCGAAACCCCUUCCGAGUCCAAGAAGGCUGAGCCUUGUCUCCUGAAGGAGGAGGCCAGGCUGGUGGAGGAGGGCGGCGAGCCCGAGAAACGCCCGCCCCUCGAGCCAGCGCACUCCCUCAGCAACGGGUGCGCCCUGCCCACGCGUGCCCCGGCCCUGCCAUGCAUCAACCCACUCAGCGCCCUGCAGUCCGUCCUGAACAAUCACCUGGGCAAGGCCACGGAACCCCUGCGCUCCCCUUCCUGCUCCAGCCCAAGCUCAAGCACAAUGUCGAUGUUCCACAAGUCGAGUCUCGGCGUCAUGGACAAGCCGGGCUUGAGUCCUGCCCCCACGCGGCCGGCCAGCGUGUCCAGGCGCUACCUGUUCGAGAGCAACGAUCAGCCCAUCGACCUGACCAAGUCCAAGAGCAAGAAAGCCGAGUCCUCGCAAGCACAAUCCUGUACGUCCCCACCUCAGAAGCACGCCCUGUCUGACAUCGCCGACAUGGUCAAGGUCCUCCCCAAGGCCACCACCCCAAAGCCCGCCGCUUCCUCGCGGGGCGCCCCCAUGAAGCUGGAAAUGGAUGUCAGGCGCUUUGAGGACGUCUCCAGCGAGGUCUCGACCCUGCAUAAGAGGAAGGGCCGGCAGUCCAACUGGAACCCUCAGCACCUCCUGAUCCUACAAGCGCAGUUCGCCUCGAGUCUGUUCCAGACGUCCGAGGGCAAGUACCUGCUGUCCGACCUGGGCCCUCAAGAGCGAAUGCAAAUCUCGAAGUUCACGGGGCUCUCGAUGACCACGAUCAGCCACUGGCUGGCAAACGUCAAGUACCAACUUCGGAAAACGGGCGGGACGAAGUUCCUGAAAAACAUGGACAAAGGACACCCCGUCUUUUAUUGCAGUGACUGUGCCUCCCAGUUUAGAACCCCUUCCACCUACAUCAGCCACCUGGAGUCGCACCUGGGUUUCCAAAUGAAGGACAUGACCCGCAUGGCGGUGGAACAGCAAGGCAAGGCGGAGCAAGAGAUCUCGCGGGUGUCGUCGGCUCAGAGGUCUCCGGAAACCGUAGCUGGCGAAGAGGACACAGACUCUAAGUUCAAGUGUAAGUUGUGCUGUCGGACAUUUGCGAGCAAACACGCAGUAAAACUCCACCUGAGCAAAACGCACGCCAAGUCACCCGAACACCACUCUCAGUUUGUCACAGACGUGGACGAGGAAUAGCUCUUCAGGUAUGGGUUUGCUCCCAGGUGACGGGACAGUAGCCUUGUGAGGAGCUUCUUGUUGGGAGAUGGGUCUGCUUAGAGGCAGCUCACGUCUCCCGGUACCAAGAGGACAGGAGCCUGCUGGAGUAGGACUUACUUGCAUGAGACACUAGAACGCGAUAAGUCCUAGCCGCUCUCCCAAUGUCUCCAGAUUAGAGUUGGUGAACAGACGGACACGAGUUCAGAGAGUUGGCGCGUGCAGAUUUUACCGCCUCACGAGGUGUGAUCCCCUUAGGGACCCCAAGGCCCUCCAGCCGAGGCUACACCUCACUUUAAUUAAUACGUACAGACCCCCCCCCACCACCACCAUGGUCCCGACUCACCCCCUCGCCUUCCCAUAGCGAUGCUGAUGACGUAGGGAGUGAGUUAAGGCUGAGCAACCGAAUGAGCGUUGCAGAGUUCCUGGGGGCAGCCGCUGUGCAGAGAUUUCCUAAUCAGCUCGUGGACUUUGCUAUUAUUGCUUGCAAUCGAUGCUUUUGGCAGCUUCCUUUCAGCGAUCGCUGCUGAUACCUGCCCCGCCCGUCCCUCUGUCUAUCGCCUCUGUUAGAGUUGCUAGGAAAGGGCAUCUGGCCUGUAGUCAGACGGCAGAAAAAUAUUCACUGCAGAACACUGGGGUGAAGAGAGAGGAAGCUUACUUUCUUCUCUCAUCUUUCGGUUUUCUUUAGGAUAGACUAAUAUGAGCGUCGACCCUUAACAAAGAUAGAUGCGCUGCAUGCCCUCAAGAGUUUAUUUUACCUAAACAAACAAAGGACUUUCCGAACGCCCAUUGCCAAUGCACAUGGGGUCCCGCGGCAUCCAGAUAAUUUGCAUCAUGUAUCAUAGAAGUUCUGUGCCUUGUAUAGUCACUGGUGCCCAGACUAUCUAUGUCACCUCCAAGAAAGAGGACAGAGGCCAAGGUCAAAUGCCUUGGCAGUCUUGCCACACCGGCCGUGUCAACUGUUUUCAAGGCUGGGUCUUCACCCAAUGCAUUCAUCUCUCUUUUUUGUAUUUUGUCUACUUCCUUUUCUCUCCCCUUCAGCAUGACCCCCCCCCCGCCACAUGCGAAGGACCUCCACACAUACUCAAGUUGUCCCCCCACCUCAGGCCGCGCCCCAGACGGGGACCCGACCUGACUUACAGCCUCAGCACUUACCAGUCCAGUCAAUGUCACGCUAGGUGACAGCUUAGUUCCUUCAGUUCAUUCACAGUAAGAUACGAACAGCCGAUAAUACUGUAUCCACCCUCGCCACCCCCCCCCCCCCAUCGUCAGAGCCUUUGUUUUUACAUAGGAGACUUUCAGAUCGAGCCACAAAGGUAUGAGCACUGGCAGACCUCCCAAGCGGAAGGAGGGAUAUUUAUGUGGGUGCGGCUUUGGGCUCCCCUCACGUCAGGUGGGGAGACUUGCCGAGCGUGAGGAUGGUCAGGAUGAAAGAAAGGGUGGAAAUCUGGGCCUGUCCCCUCAGUGAGAAGAUCUAAGAGCUUCUGAUAAAGGGGAACCCAUCCUAUAGGUCCAAUGGCUAUGUGGGCGCAAAUGAAGACUAUUGUUUUGUUUGCAUGUUUUUAUCACGAUAAUUAAAAUGUGCAACCAGCAGGUUCAUCUCUUGCUUUCCAAGCAUGAUUUGUUCAGCUCACACUAUUGAAAGAAAAGCCAAAAUUCAGCUAUUGGAUCUCUAAGUGAGCUCGGGGCUUGGCGACAUUCUAUUUAUUUGCUAUAUAACAUUUUAAAUCUUAUGUAACUUGCUAUUAUACUUUUCUGGUCCUUGAAAAAGAAAAAAAAAAAAGGUGGAUAUAUACAGAAUACCCAGAGAGAAGAGAGAUGUUUCCAAUCCCAAAGUGGCAGGGUCCAAACCAUGGUCAAGAGGACCAAUAGGUAAUGUUUAUUUGUGCUACAAUAAAGACCAAUUUUCCACCUGUUAGGUUUGUAAUCAUUCUUUGGAAAAAAAAUUAAUAUCGUUGCCAAAACAUCGCGGUAUGUAAAUAGAGAGAUGGGAGAAGAAGAAAGCCUUAGUCAAAAUUGGAAUCGUGCGUGUCUGUUCUGAGGAAGCAAAAGUAAACUGAUCAUUUGGAAAAACCUACACGAAAGGCCCUUAACAAAUAAGGUAAAUACAAAGACAGGAUAGCUCUUUUCUCAUCCCUCCGCAGGCUUUGGACUUUUGAAGCACCAUAUUACAGAGUAAAUCACUGUAUGAAA